UCAAAUGCCAAAGUCAAAUGUUUUAAAAAGAUUUUUAAAUAAUUUGUAUGAAAAACUCAUUAAAACGCUGUAAUGUGGAUUAUUCCCGCAUUGUAGUAAUAGAUAACGCACAAAACUGUGUAUAAAUGCUUAAAUCUCCUUGUAUAAUUUAUUACAAACUGUGAAUUUUUAGGUUAUAAUUUAAAUAAGAAUUAAUUGACAAUGUUUUUAAGAAAAUAUUUUAUUUCUCAUGCAAUACAUAGAAGCAGAUUUUUACAAAAAAAUUGCUGUAGUCAAAUUUGUAAAAACCAAGUGGCGCAGUACAAAUCGUAUAGUAUAUUGCCUUAUGUAAAUACAACUUAUGUUGAAAGAAGAAAACUGCUGUCAUAUUCAUGUUUAUCCAAUUUGAGCAAUACAUACAGAAGAUAUUCUAAUAGUUUACUUAAUGGUGAUGCAACACAGUUAAAAGAAUCACAAAAUGACAAAGAAUUAAAAAGGAUAUCCCAACUGUUUCCACAACCGAGAGUAACACUUAAUGAAUUAAACUCCAAAACACCAGAGAAAGUGUUUGAUAUUUACUACAAACAAAGUGUGGUCGCACCAAAAGGUGUUAGGAAGAAAAUGGGCUUGAGUAAUAAUGAUUGGACAUGCACUUAUACCUUUGUUUGGCCGGAGAAGAUAAAAUUUGAAAGUGUUGCCAUAUCAAAACGACAAGCAGCAGAAAAGUCAGCGACACAAGCACUACAUUGGUUAUAUAAAAACAAACGAAUAGACAAUAAAGGCAACCCAAUAUAUGAUAAGAAAGUCAUAGAUGAUAUCAAAAGUAAUUUAAACGAACCUUUGCGUGCGGAAAUCAGUGAAAAUUCCCUUCAAAGGAUAGAUAGGAUUUGGGAGGAUUAUGAAAAAGAAAUAAAGGAUAUUUAUGAGAAAACCUUUGAAGAGGCAAGUCGCAAAUUAUUUACUCCAUUAUCAAUAACCAAAGACUCAACCAUAGAUAUUGAAGAUAAUAUACCUGAGGAAUCUCAAGAUGUUGAAAUUGACGAAUUUAAUCAUUUAUCUGAUACAAAAACACCAGUACAUCCAAUAUUCGGCAGAGUUGUCCACUCCCCUUCCGAGUCUCAGUUAGCCAAACGUGAUAGGAUAUUGAAGCAGAAGUUUGAGAAGUACGAUGAAGAAAUAACUCCUUUACCCAUCGAUCAAUUUACGAAGGAGAUAACCUCGACACUAGAAUCAUCGCGCGUGUUAGUAAUAGUGGGUGCGGCAGGGUGUGGGAAAUCUACCCGCGCCCCCGCAGCUAUAUUACGGGCAGUGGGUUGUAAUACCACAGCUAUUGUAUCGGAGCCCAGACGAGUGGCCGCUAUAGGACUGGCGCAAAGAGUUGCCGAUGAAAUGGGAGAACAGGUCGGAGAAUCUAUAGGCUAUCAAGUGCGUUUACACUCGAAGUUGCCUCGACCUUCCAGCGGCAUCAUAUUGUACUGCACAUCCGGUGUACUAUUACGACGGUUGCAGUUAAACCCUGGUCUGGAAGGUUGCUCGCACGUGUUCAUAGACGAGGCUCACGAACGUGACGUCAACACUGACGUCACACUGCUCCUUCUAAAGCGAGCACUCGAAAUCAAUCCUAACCUCAAAGUGGUAAUUAUGAGUGCAACGCUUGAUAUUGAAGUAUUUACCAAAUAUUUCGAUUCUUGUCCAAUAGUAGAAGUUCCCGGACGUACUUUCCCAGUACAAGUGUCGUAUUUGAAUGACAUUGAAGAAAAAUAUCGUAUAAAAUUACCGAUGACUCUUGAGAAUUGCGGUAAAGAAGAUGGAAAACCGCAAGUCAAUUGUCAAGAGGUAGUUAAUGUUAUCAAAUCAGUAGAUAAAUCAGAACAAGAAGGUGCAAUACUAGUUUUCCUCCCGGGUUGGGCUGAGAUCAAACAAGUAAAGAAGUUGCUGGACCAAAUAUAUGCGAACUCCACACAUAUGGUAUUACCAGUACAUUCUAGGUUAUCAACAACAGAACAGAGUAGAAUGUUCGAGAAGCCGGCGCCGGGGAUAAGGAAGAUAGUGCUCGCGACCAACAUCGCGGAGACUUCAGUCACGAUACCCGAUGUCGUCUACGUCGUUGACACUGGAACUCAUAAAGAAAAUAGAAUUAAAGAGGGUACUGGUACUGCAAGCUUAGAGACCGUGUGGGUAUCUCAAGCGGGCGCUAAACAGAGAACUGGACGCGCGGGAAGGGUACAACCAGGUCAUUGUUUUAGGCUGUAUACGAAAGAGAGAGAAGAAAGUUUUGCAUCGCACUCCACUCCUGAGAUAUUGAGAAUACCUUUAGAACAAACAGUAUUAAAUUGUAAAACAUACGCUCCGUUGGAGAAAGUUGGAACAUUUCUAUCUCUUUUACCGGAGCCGCCAACUGACAGAGCAAUACAACUUGCUGUUCAUGAUCUUAUAGAUUUAGGAGCUUUAUCGAAAUCGGAGAAAUUAACUCGUUUAGGUAUACUAGUGUCUAAUAUGACGUUACACCCCCGUCUGGGAUGCAGUCUACUUCAUUCCGCGGUUUUAGGAAACGUGGUUGCAACAGCUAAUGUAGUCAGCCAUUGUUCUAAUAAUGUGGAAUUGUUUAUUAACGCACCUGAUAGGAGAGAGGAGAUACGUGCAUUUAAAAGUACAUAUAAUUGUAAAUCUGAUCACUGCGCGUUGCAUCGAAUACAGCAGAACUACGAGAACGUACAAGAAGAAGGCGACCUUCAAAUCUGGACUGACAGACAUGGGUUAAGAAAGGAUAGACUUCAUUAUGUUCAAUCGAUAUCCAACCUCCAUUUACAGCAGUUAUUGCAAUCCAGUAUGAUAGAACUGCACCCUGACGUGUCAGAACUGACGCGUUUCUCCGACAUAGAUGACUUGUCAGCGGCGACAUUACUGUCAGGUGUUAACUCACUGCUGGUGACAAGGAGACAUGUCCGCACUAAGGGCAAACUGAAGACCGCUGUUGAAUUAUUUACAAGUUCAGGUGACAGAGCGCAUAUUAGCAGCGAAAGUGUUAAUUAUGGUAUUACAAAGAAUAAUCCCACCACACAACUGCUUGCGUACUUUGGUGGUCACCACUCCAGUGAACGACGAGCUCUGGUAGUUUACAAAACGACGGUGGUAUCACCAAUUACUGCAUUACUGUUCUGCAACGGAGAUAUACAAAUGGCCCAGAAAUCUGUUGAUGAAGAUAUGGCAAUAUUGAGUCUGCCGAGACAUAGACUACGUAUACACGUGCCUACUAAUCAAGCUGAGAGCAUAAUAAAAGCGCGAGAAAUGCUUUGGAAGACAUUCAAAUAUUACAUCGAAAGAGAUUUAAAAUCAAUACCUUACGAUCAGUUUACGAUAAUUUCUAGAUUCAAGACUAGAUUAGUGAAGGCGAUCGCAAGAAUAUUAGUCGAAGCAGAUAAUGAUAAUGAAAAGAAUAUAAAUAAUGAUGAUUAUAAAUAAAUAAAUUA